UCAAAGAGUUGCCUCACUCUGCACUUUUUGUUUAUCGAUAAAUACUUAGAUGGGGCUGCAGCAAAGACUGAGGUCUACAGUGCAUCCAAAUGGGGAAGAUAACUUUUUUUGAGGAGAAGAAAUUCCAGGGUCGCUGCUACAACUGCAGCAGCGACUGUGCCGACCUGCACACAUACUUCAGCCGCUGCAACUCCGUCCGGGUGGAGAGCGGUGUGUGGGUGGUCUACGAGAGGCCCAACUACAAGGGUUUCCAGUAUGUUCUCUGCCCAGGGGAGUACACCGACAACCAGCAGUGGAUGGCCUUCAACGAGAGCGUCAAAUCCUGCCGCGUUGUGAAGAAUGUCUAUGGCAGCGCAUGGAAGCUGAAGCUGUAUGAGAGGGCAGACUUCGGAGGGCAGGUGGUGGAGUGCUCCGAGGACUGUCCUUCCGUCUACGACACCUACAAGAUGCGUGAAGCCUACUCCUGUGUGGUGACGGAUGGCGCCUGGGUGUUCUACGACCUCCCGAACUACAGGGGGCACCAGUUCAUGCUGGAGCGCGGCGAAUACCGGCAGCACAGCGACUGGGGGGCAACCUCUCCUGGCAUCGGCUCCUUCCGCAGGAUCACAGACUGGUUCCAGGAGGAAGGCGCAGCAUACCUGAAGGCCUUCUUUCCCAGCUCAAUCAUCUUCUACGAGGAAAAGAACUUUAAAGGUCAAUUCCAUGAGUGCAAUAAUGACUCCAGCGACCUGCACACAUACUUCCGCCACUGCAACUCCAUCAAGGUGGAGGUGGGAUUCUGGGUCGUCUACGAGAGACCGAACUACAUGGGCUACCAGUAUGUGCUGAGCCCGGGAGAAUAUCCGGACUACCAGUACUGGCUGGGGAUCAAUGAUGCCGUCCGGUCCUGUCGCAUCAUCAGACAUGUGGGAGAAUCGUGGAGGAUGAAGUUUUGGGAGAAGCCCAACUUUGAGGGCGAUUCCAUGGAGCUGGCAGACAACAUGCCGGCCUUCCAGGAGCGCUGGCAGAGCCGCGACGUCCACUCUUGCAAAGUGUUUGAAGGUGCCUGGAUCUUCUACGAGCAAGCCAACUACAGGGGGCGCCAGUACCUGCUGGAGAAGGGCGAGUACAGGCGCUUCUCUGAGUGGGGGGGCAUGCAGCCCACCGUCGGAUCCAUCCGCCGGGUUAGGAACCAAUACUUUGAGUCAAUCUUCUUUUACGAGGACAAGAACUUCCAGGGUCAUAGCUACGAAUGUAGCAGCGAUUGUCCUGAGCUCAGCUCCCACUUCAGUCGCUGUAACUCCAUCCGAGUGGAGAGCGGGACCUGGGUCGUCUAUGAGAGACCCCAAUAUGUGGGCUAUCAGUAUGUCCUCAUGAGAGGGGAGUACCCCACCUACCAGAACUGGAACGGCUUCAACGACACCAUCCGCUCCUGUCGUCUCGUCAGAUAUCCAACCAGCAGGCACAGGCUCCGCAUCUAUGAGCGUCCAGACUUCACCGGCCAGAUGAUCGAGUUAAACGAAGACCUGGCCAACCUGCAGGACCGCUGGGGCUACCGAGACGUCCACUCGGCUCACGUCCAGGACGGUAUCUGGAUCUUCUACGAGAAUCCAAACUACAGGGGACGCCAGUACCUGCUGGAAAAAGGCGAAUACAGACGACACUCAGAUUGGGGCGCCCUCCAGCCGUCUGUGGGCUCCAUUCGGCGCGCUGUGGACUAUUAGUCACAACUAAGACCUCUCUUUAAACCUUUUCUCAACUUUCUGCCCUCUUUCAUUCAAACUCAACCACUAAUAAACACAGAAGUGUUGAAAAAGUGCAAGAAAACGUGUGUUUCUUCUCUUUCUAAUAACAAAACUGAUGAAAAAGAAGAAGGAUCCUGAGUACAGUAUAAACGACACAUUCAUCUUCAUUGUUCUGGCUCAGUGGUUGGUGCCAACACCUGGUAGAUCGUGGCAAAGUCCAGAAACAAAAGGAGAGAGCGAGAGAAAAA